CGGCACGCUCUCUCCGUCCCAAGAUCCGAGGCGAAGCACCGAACCGCACAAACAACGAAGGGUAUGGUGAUUCACACAUACGGCCGGGGUCCGGGAGAUCGUGUUCGCGUACGUACGCACGUACGUUCCGUAGAAGAGAAAACGGGAAACAGUGACGACGAGAGAGCCAUCCCGGCGGGGAGGGGAGAUACGGUUCCUAGUUCACAAAUCGCGGGUGCUUGCAGCCACCACACAACCGACCAGCCCUAUCCGCCAGAGCAGCCCGAACAGGAUCGAUUGCCCGGAACCAACCGAACGCAACAACAACCAUGCUGUUUUACGGCUUCCUUUGUCUCUUUCUGGCGGGCCGGGCACGCCUCUCGGGGCCGCCUUCCGCAACCGACGGCGGCACGGAAGAACCACCGGCACCGAUCGUCGGGCACGGCCGCACCGGAGCGCUCGGCGCCCUGGAUCCGCUGGGGAGCGACCUCGGCGGCGGCGGGCUCGACCGGCGAUCGGUCCUCUCCUCGGUGGCGACGACGCUGACCACGGCGGCGGCGGCCCUCGAUCCGGCCGCGAAACAGAGCGGGCCCAGCAAGAGCGACACCUACUGGCCGCUGUGGCCGGCGCUGCCGAUCUUUCCGUUUUCGCAGCGAAAGACCCUGGUCCGGGAGGCCGCGGACGGCGUCUGGACCUUCGACCAGCUCAUCGGGAUCUACUACGUCCACGUUCCGAUCCGCAUGACGGUCGUGGCCAUGAAGGAGUCGAGGGGCCUGCUGGUCUACGCCCCCGUCGCGGCCACCAAGGACUGCCUGGACCAGCUCCGGCCCCUCAUCGAGGAACACGGCCCCGUCCGGUACAUCGUCCUCCCGUCGGUCGCCGUCGAGCACAAGGUCCUGGCCGGGCCCUUUGCCCGCAGGUUCCCGGAGGCCGAGUUCUACGUCACGGACCAGCAGUACUCCUUUCCCGUGGGCCUCCCGGACCGGGCCCUGGGCUUUCCGAGCUGGACCAAGCCCCUCCCCCCGAGCAGCCGGGGCGGUCCCCCCAUGUGGGGGGGGGAGUUCGAGCACGAGGUCCUGACGGUCAAGCCCGGGGUCGGUUCCAUGUACCAGGACGUGGCCCUCUUCCACGGGCCCUCCAAGACGCUCCUGGUCUGCGACGCCCUGCUGGCCACCACGGAGGAGCCCCCGCCCCUGCUGACGAGGGAGCUCGAGUACGUCAAGGCCCUGCUCUUCCACGCGAGGGACUCCCCGGGGGAGAUCGUGGAGGACACGCCCGAGGCCCGCCGGAAGGGGUGGAGGAGGAUCGUCCUGCUCUUCAACUUUUUCAUUCCGCUCCACUCCGCGAGGGUCGACCUGGGCGUCAAGCCCCUCCUGGCCCUCGACCCGUCGUACGAGCUGGGAUGGGGCGGCUGGAUGCCCUUUUCCUGGAGCCCGGCCGCGGAGGCCGAGUCCUUCGCGGCGUACAGCGCGAACGGUACCCCCACGGUCUACACGAUCGUCCAGAUCAUCCUGAGCCGGGGCAACUCCGGGGAGGCCACUCUGGCCUGGGUCGACCGGGUGAAGGAGUGGCCCUUCCGGAGGGUGGUUCCGGCCCACCUCGACGCCCCGCUGGCGAUCGGCCCCGAGGAGUUCUCGGCGACGUACGACUUUCUGCGCAGGGGGGAAAACGAGGUGCGCUACUGCGACGAGGACGUCCUGGUGCUCCGCAAGGCCGAGGAGGGCCCCCUGAACUUCUCGGUCUACCCCUCCGCGCUGGGAACCCUCCGGGGCCGGGCCUGCGACGUUCCGAAAUGAAAGAAUGGCAGCGGUGCGGCCGGGCCGUGGCACGGUCGUCUGCUAGCUAGUAGUAGCAGUGUGCCGGACCUCCGGGCAGAGAGGGCAAGCUGCGGCACCAACCAACAAAAGAGACAUAAAUGA